GCAUUGAAGUGCUUUUUGGCUCCCAUUUAUGUUUUCUUGACUCUAAAAAUAAUCUAAAGGAAGGCAUCGCUUGUUGCUGGCCUGGAAAACACCUUCCUUUCCCUUUUUUUUCUUCCUUUUUUAGAGGGAAAAGAAACCUGAAGAAGAGAGUUGUUCUUUAGUUUCUGCUCUUCAAGUGUAGGUUAAAAUGCCAGGCAAGAAGGAGGAGGCCCUUGGCAUCGCUCAUCUCCUCCUGGAACUGCAUUGCAUCACUCGGAAAACAGGGCGAGAGGACAUGAGACAGCUCAUCCCGAUGUCUUUUUAACAGCUCUUGGUUAAAGGCAUGGAAAUUCAUACCACCAGCAUCUACUGCAAGAAAAUGAGCAGAUGCCAGAAGAUUUUCUGUUACAAGGAAUGAAAAGCCAUGGGUGUGUUUUCUGUUUUUAACACCAGCAACAUUUCGCAGGCUGACUCCCUCGAGGACAGCGGCAACUGGACGGCAGCAACCCAGUUCACCCAGCCAGGAUGGAGGAUUGCUCUGUGGGCCAUCACCUACUCCUUCAUUGUUAUCACAUCCAUCAUUGGCAAUGCCACCAUCAUCUGGAUUAUUCUGGCACACAGGAGAAUGAGGACAGCUACCAAUUACUUCAUCGUUAACUUGGCUCUUUCAGACCUGCUGAUGUCCACUUUCAACACCAUCUUCAAUUUUAUCUAUGCCAGUCACAAUGUCUGGUAUUUUGGUGAGGAAUUCUGCAGGUUUCAGAAUUGGUUCCCCAUCACUGCAGUGUUUGUGAGCAUUUACUCCAUGACAGCCGUGGCUGCAGAGAGGUACAUGGCCAUAAUUCACCCCUUCAAGCCCAGGCUCUCUGCUGGAAGCACCAGAGUCAUCAUUGGGAUAAUCUGGCUGGUGGCAUUCGGGCUCGCCUUCCCGCAGUGCUUCUACGCCGAGAUCAUGAUGGACAAUGGAACCAUGAAAUGCAUCGUGGUCUGGCCUGAUGACGUUGGAUCCAAGCACCAGCUGACGUAUCACAUUGCCGUGAUUGUCUUGAUUUAUUUACUGCCUUUAAUGGUGAUGUUUGUUGCAUACAGCAUUAUAGGAAUUACUCUGUGGAGCAGCACGGCUCUAGGCAACCACCUGAACAGAGUCUGCUAUGAACACCAAAUUAAUGCCAAAAAAAAGUUUGUGAAGACGAUGGUGGUAGUGGUGAUCAUUUUUGCUGUCUGCUGGCUGCCCUAUCACAUAUACUUCAUCCUGGGGAGCUUCAAGGCAGACAUCUACCAGCAGAAGUACAUUCAGCAAGUGUAUCUUGCAGUCUUCCUCCUUGCCAUGAGCUCGACAAUGUACAACCCCAUCAUAUACUGCUGCCUGAACCAGAGGUUUCGGUCUGGCUUCAAGCUAGCCUUCCGGUGGUGUCCGUGCAUAAAAGCAACAGAAAAAGACAAACUUAAACUUAUGUCCCCAUCUCUCUAUCAGACAACUCACAGGAAGUCAAGAACAACAAGUUUCAACACAGAAACUCAGCUGAAUGAGAAAGAGAAGACAUCAUUCACCCUCACCCGAUUAACACUUUGAUUUCCUGCUCCUGGUUCUGGUUCUAUCCCCAAACACCAUGCCAAGGCAGCAAAUCUGCAGAAGCCUGAGCCUCUUUUUCUCUGGAGCAACUGUUUCCUACAGGACCUCUUUAGAUGCCAUCAGCAUGAAAGGCAGUGUGUUGAUAAUACUUACAUCCAUGUAGGUCCAAAUAUCACCCAGCUAUAAACUCAUAAGUUUAGCCCUCCCUUACAUCAACAGCUGCAAUACAGAAAAGACAUCAUGCCCAGGAGGCCAAAAAAUCAGUGGAGCAGAUCUGAGGCAGGACCAAUCAGUAGAAUAUAAAUUAUUCUCUUCUACACUGGGAUCUCCUGAUUUCUGUUCCACCAAGACACUUAAAUUCAGAAAAGAGGCGAUGAAGUAGAAAGGCUGGGGCUCACACGGCCCAGCAGGGAUGGACCCCCGGGGCUGUGUGGGCAGCUAAGUCCCAUGGCUCAGCAGCCCCAAGGCAGAUAACAUUGUGGACCAAAGCCUGUUUACAACAAAGGCAAAUACUAACACAUCCAGACUGAAAAACACAGCUUGCCCUCAAAAUUUCCUGAAUUCUGGGAUUUUCAUGCCUGCAAUUUCACCAGCAGAGAGAAACAAUUCCUUAAGACGUUGUCAUUACAUGGAUUUCUACAACCUUGCCCCAAAAUAUGUUGUCCUAUUAAACUGUGCUCAAGUGA